CGCGGGAUCUCUAAACGAGCUAACGUUACCAAGCAAAUUCGUGUGAAAUAGGAAGAUGGAAAGUAGGCUGUCGAGCAACUCGAGUGGGUAACCAAAAUGCCUGGCAGAGGGAACAUCAGGGUCAAGUUCUCUGGUGUGGCGAAUCCAUCAGAACAACAAAUGGAUGAUGUCGGAGAAGGCAGUGGAGCUCCCCAUGAGUUCUGCCUUCUUGAUGCUGGUGUUCAGAGACUAAAGGAUCUACCUCUCACCUCCCAUCUCCAAAGCAUCAACCUUCAUUGUAACCAGAUAGAAAAGAUUGAGAAUCUCCUGCACCUGUCACACCUACGCCACCUUGAUCUGUCUUCCAAUUGCCUGACAAGGAUCGAGGGCCUGGAUGGACUUGUCAGUCUGAAAACACUCAAUGUCGCCUGCAAUCAGUUGACGACACUUGUUGGACUAAGAUCACUGAAGUCACUUUCACGUUUAAAUGCUUCCUACAAUCAAAUCCAUGAUAUCUCGGGUCUAAAGGAACUUCAUGGAUCAGACUACAACCUUAAACAACUUCAUCUCCAUGGCAACCACCUCUCUUCAGCAGAGCACGUGAUUGGAUGUCUAGCUGGUUUGUCAUGUCUUUGUCAUGUGAGCUUUCUUUAUGAGGAGAGUGACAAUCCAGUAUGUAGAUUACCAGGUUAUAGAACAGCACUAUUGAACUCCCUGCCUCAUCUGAUCUCAUUGGAUGGUAUAGAUCGAUCAGGACUCUCUGUUCAAACUGAUGAUGGGCUUUCUGAUAUUCCAGGUCUUGAUCAGUAUUUGGACUUCCUCCUAUCAUCUGAUGUAGGCAGUGUUGCUGAACCGGAAAAAGAAGCCCCUGUGCAAAUCAUUACCCCCAAGAUAGACCAAGUCUUGGAGAAGUUCCGUCAGCGAGCACUUGCUUCCUCGGGCACCAGCACCACAGAAAAAGAGGAUGAGAAAAAAGGAGGACGAUCAUAUGGUGUUUCCCAACCCCAAUCAACCAGCCAUGAAGAACGACUGAAGAUCUUAGAACAGCAGCUUAUGGAUAUCAUGACCAGAAGAAUGCAGGUCCCCGAGGCUUCACCACCAAGCACGGACAGUCCUGAGGAAUUAGGGAAACAUGCAAGGAAAAGGGUUUCCAGUGGUAGAACACAUCCUGCAAGAAAAGACACAGAUCAGACUGAAGAGAGCGACUUCCAUUCAGACUCAGAAAUGGGAAGAAGAGCAAAGAAGCAUGGAGGUAAAAAGACUGCAGCUGGGAGGCAGAGAAAAAAGUCUGAAGAACUGGUGACAAAAACCAGCAAAAUACCUACAAGAGCCAAAACUAAAUCAUUUCCAUCGCCUGGGAAUGACAAGGAAGUCUCGACGUCACCAUCUAGUGGGCCAGAGCGGACUGUCAAGCAAGCUGCAGCAUCAAGGCGUGCAGUACCUACAACACCAGAGCAAGAUGCAGACAAGUUGUCUCUACUCCAAGAACUGGACAAAGAAAGGGAAAGACGAUGGAAAGCAGAACAGGCAGCAAUAAGACUUGCUGAUCACAUCAAAGAUCUACAAACAAAAGCAAAUGAGGAAAGAGAACUACAGGAGGUAGCCAUUGAAGCAAGCGGUCGUCUUAAACAGGCCGUCAUGAAUGAAAGAGAAAUCAAAUCAAGAUUAGCAGAUGAUAUCGAUAUCCUCAAGGAGAGAUUGAAGGAAACGGUGAAGAAGUUAUCAGCAUGUCAGAGAGCGGAAGAAGAAGGGAGACGGACCCUAAGAGCUAUGGAAGAGACGACCAAGAAAAUGGAAUCAGAGAAGCUCAAACAGCAAGCAUAUGAUGCUAAACGAUUGCAGGAGUAUCAGCUGAGAACUGCUGCUAUGGAGAGAGAGCUAGAGCUAGUUCGGGUCAAGUCUGGACACCAAGAUGGCAAGAUACAUCAGCUUCAAGAGUUACUAGCGACAAGAGAACAAGAACAUAGAAAUGAGCUUCAGCAAUACUAUAAGCCAGGAAGCAGAGAAAUUCAAGACAUGUUGGAGAAAGAAGUGAGCAGAGAGAGGGAAAAACAUGAACAUGGACAAGUUUUCUACAAAGAGAGAAUAGAGACGUUGACAAAGCAGUACACAGAUCUUGAGGAUGAGUUCAGACUGGCCCUGCAGAUAGAAUCCAACAGGUUCCAAGAGAUCCAAGAAGCUUACGAGAGAUCAAGUCAAGAAGCAGCUCAGUUUAGACAGAUGUUGAGUGCUUCGGUAGAGAAAGAGAAAAGAUCUUCUGGUUUGGUCACUGAACUCACUUCCAUGGUAAAGGAACAGAAAGGUCGCAUCACAGAGCUGUCAAGAGCAAAGCAAGAGGCUAUCUCAUCUACCAGGGUGAGGAUCCAGAGUCUUGAGAACCAGGUUGAAGAAAGCCAGAGGAAGCUACAGAUCUUAGAAGCACUAAGACAGGAGAAGUCAAGACUGGCUGCUCAGCUGGUUGCAAUGGAAUCAGUGGUUGAUGGACUCAAGGCAGAGAGGAAACUUUGGGGUCAGGAGCUUGCACAACAAGGAGUAUCAUUGGCUCAGGAUAGAGGAAGAUUGGAAGCAAGGAUCGAAGCACAGGAUGCCGAGAUAGUAUCGCUGAAGAAACAGCUGGAGAGAGAAAAUGAUGCUCUCAAAAUCAAGACUAAAGUAAUUGAUGAUCAGACGGAUACAAUUAAGAAACUGAAAGAUGCUUUGAUAGAGAAGGAUGAUGAAGUGAAGAAAGCCAGGGAGGAGACCCUACGUACCCAGCAAAGCUUGGAGGAUCAACUGGCCACAGAGCAAGGAGCCGUCCAGGAGCUGACCGGACAGGUAGAGAGACUGACAGAACGUAAGGAUGGACUGAAGGAGAGAGUGGUUGAUUUGCAGGCCGAGUUGGAAGAGAGUCAGCGAGCUUACAGGGCUUUGGAUAACAAGUGGAAAGAGAAGGGAGAUAUCAUCGGUCAGCUGGAAAGCCAGGUCAGACAAGUGAAAGAGAAUUUUGACCAACGAGAGAAGAAGCUCCGAGAAGAGCGGGAUAAAGCCAUCAAUGCUGAAAAGGCGACAGUGGAUAAGCUUCGCUCUAUUGACAAUGCAUUCAGGAAACAGAUGGAAGCCGCCCAGAGGGGGCAUGAAGAAAACAUGGAACAGCUAGCACAAGAAAAACAACGGGAGAUUGAUGAAGCCAUGAGUAAGGUGAGUGAUGUUGAGGAUGAAAUGAGGCAGUUACUAGCGGAGACGGCCAAUCAGAAGAGGGUCAUGGAACAGAAGAUUCAGAGAUUAACACAAGCAUUCAGUGAGAUACAGGAUCUUAGAUGAUAGUCUGUUUCAUCACGUCAUGUGAUCCAAGUUCUCCUGCUUCAUCAUAUUCAAAGAGAAACAAGGUUGACAAAAGCAUCAAUUGUGAGAUUGAUUUCCCUUUUUGUGUUUAACCCCAAAUCAACUAUGGGAGGGGUCAGUGUGAACCCUGACCCCUAUAUGUAACCACCAAAUGUCAUGAUGUGCCAUUACACAAGUUCUGCCAUUUAUCGUUUGAUACAAAGUUUAUGAAAAGGGGACAGGAGCUCGUGACACAUUUUGUAACCGCAAAGCAGGUAACCCCCCC